AUGCACUGCUGUGGCUCUCUAUAUGAGGGAUGCUCCAGUGGUGAGCGGUCAGUCAGCAUUUCCAUGGCGUCGUUCCAGCAUGCAUCGUCCCGCGUCAGCACCAGCACUGUCAGGUCCUUCAGCGGAGCCGAACAUCCCAGAAUACACAACCUGGAGACGGACAUCAGCGCCAUCAGCAGCUGCGGACAGGACCAGACCUGGGCGGACUCAUUCACUGAUUACCAAGUUUACCAGGGUGAUCGCGAAUCUUUUGGAGGUUACCAUGAAGACCAGAAGUACAUCCCAGGAAGAAACCAGGUAGACUGGAGCCUCGGAGACCACAUAAAGACUGGCUCUGAAGUGGGCGUGGUCAGAGCGGUGGGGGAAAACUACUUCCUGUCAGCAGACGUCAGCGGAUUCGAGCCUCAUGAAGUGGUUGUGUUGGCGUAUAAUCAGUGUGUGGUUAUUCACGCAGAGAAGAGCGGAUCAGAUGUUGGCGUUUCUGGCAGGUUUACCCAUAAGUCUGUGCUUCCAGCAGACAUGGACCCGCUGUCGGUGAGCAGUUCACUGACCGCUGACCGGAUGCUGAUCAUCAGUGUCAGACGAAUCCCAAAAACAUCAGGCUUUGACCUCCUGUGAAAAUAUACAAAUGUGUGUGAAUGAAUGAAUGACGUG